CCCAGCUGAUUGGCGGGCAGAUGUCACGUGACUCUUAAGUUUCGUGGUGACGUUCGCAGAGUUAGUUGUGACACGGGAGGCGUCCAGGAGCACAGGAAUGGGUCAAGAAGCAGGCAAGUCUGCGUGGCCCAAACCAGCAGGAGGAUACCAGACCAUCUCAGGCAGGAGAUACGGCCGGAGACAUGCGUAUAUCAGUUUCCGGCCUGUUACAGAUAAACAAAGAGUCGCAUCCACUGAGGACUGUCAAAACAAGGAGAGGACGAGUAGUCGAAAGGACCCGGCGUUGGCAUCAAAGAGCAACAUUCCUUCAGUGCUUCAGACUAUCCUUCCGACGGCAUGCACAAAUGCAGUGUGCCCAGAGUUAAAUGCUGCAUCAAAUCAGGAGGGACACAACAGGAGGCAGUCAUUAUUGUGUAGAGUCACAAAAGCACCCUCGAACCAUUUCAAGAGACCAAAGAGUGACCAGGUUGUGCCAUAUGACAGAAAAUAUUAUUCUGGUAUGGAAAAAAGUGAACAUGCUAGAGUGUGGCCCAUCAGUGAAGACCCGAAGCCCAACCCAGAAGCUCUGAGUUACAUCAACAUUGAUGCCUAUGAGCCUGACAGUAGCGGCGCUGAAGAGGAGGACUUGUGUUUAAACCCAUCUCAGGCUGCUCAGAAGAGACUUGAUGGCAUUUGUGAACUGGAUGGAAAUUCACUUGAGGAUUCACAUCCUAAUGUAUUUUCAAAAAUAAGUAAACAUUCAGUGCAAAUAGCACCUUCUAAAAGCGCAGCAGACCUUUGCUGUGAGGAACCAGGUUUUGAAAGAACUGUAAAAGCAAAUAACAAAGUUAGUCCGUUGUUGGUUGGUGAAGACCAAGCUCCAAAAUGUCAUGGGGUUACGGCCAGCUCUGCGCCCGCUUCCUAUAAAAACACAGGGAAAACCAACCCUGAAGAAACAUUUCAGUCCGAAAUGGUCGUGAGGCCAAAGAUCCGCAAACAGACGAGCGAGACUCACCUUGAAAGGAGGAAACGUUCAGAAAAAGAGGAAGUAAGCCAUUUGUCAGGCGCAGCGGUCAGAGACAAGUGUGGCUCAGCACCUCCGGGUUUCCUCACACAAACAAGCCCUGAAAAUGAGUCGCUCUUUGACUUUCCACCCAUGGCCUUGAGUGACCUCAACUCUGAGGACAGAAAAAAUGAGGGUGACGAUAACGCCAAAGUAGAUGAGGAGGAGGAUGAUGAGAUCUGGGAAGAUCUGGAGAAAUUUGGAGAAAAAUGUGACCCAUCUACAAAGGGUGAUGAGAGCUCAGAAUUCAGCGAGGGCGAGUGGUCGGCCUCGUGGACAUCUGACUCUGGGCUGGAGAAGGAGAGGUGCACAAGUGAAGAAAGCUGGGAGACGCUGCCUGGCAUGGAUGAGCCGCCUGGCAGCAGCAGCAGUCUGGAGGAAGUGCCUUCUCUCAACCUCGCGUUAGAGGAGCAGACCCCUCUGGAGGAGGGCGAGAUCCCCUGGCUCAUGUAUAAUGAGGACUCGGGCAGCAGCAGUGAUGAAGAUCCCGAUGGUGUCAGUCAGUUUGUGCACCCUGGACUCUUUAUUCUGGAUGGCAACAAUAACCUGGAGGAUGAUUCCAGCAUGAGUGAAGACCUGGACACAGAAUGGAGGUUCCUGGAUGAAUUUGGUGAUGGUUUUGGGAUGGCUCAAGCAAUCUCUUACGUGGAUCAUUCCCAGCUCCUUACUUACAUGGCAUUAGAGGAGCGUCUUGCUCAGGCUAUGGAGGCAGCACUGGCUCAUCUGGAGUCUUUAGCUAUAGAUGUGGAGCAGGCUCAUCCCCCCGCCACCGAACAGACCAUCGACUGCCUACCCCAGAUCACCAUGAAUGCCGAAAACACUGAGCAGGAGCAGUGCUGUGCCAUCUGCUGUUGUGAAUAUGUCAAAGAUGAGAUUGCAACCCAGCUGCCGUGCCGCCACAUGUUCCAUAAACUCUGUGUCACUCUCUGGCUCAGAAAGUCUGGCACAUGUCCAGUGUGUCGCCACGUUCUGACCCCGGCAGUGACUGAACCUGCGUCUUUAAAUUCUGAACAAGAAACACUGCCAUCCAGUCACAGUGCGUCUGGGGGAACGUGUUGAACGGCAGUCGUACACCCAUCUAAACAUCCCGCAAAGAAAUAUUUCAAUAAUAAAUCAUCAGUCUCACAAGGAAAUGGCAAGCAGCGGCCUGAACUAGCAUUCGGAUUCCAUUGAACCUAGUGACUUGUGCUGCAAUUCAUGGCCCAAACGUGGCGAACAAACUUAUUUUCUAAGAAAAUAUGAAUACGUAUAUAUUCACAGGAAGCAUAUUUAUUCAUGUUUCAAUUAAAAUGUUUUUGUACAUCCUGGCUAAACAUAAUUACAUGUCUUUAACUUUUCAUGUCAAGUUAAACUCCAAUGCAAUCCCUCAAUAAAAGCUCACAUUUGGUUCAAGUAAUGAUUUCUUUGAUCAAUUCAGAGUGGCUUCCACCCUGAACUCUAGAUAUCCAUUCAAAGGUAAUUCAGCCGCAUUGUAACUUCCAGAUUUAAGCGCAUGUAGCUGGAUAUGAAUGAUAAUUGCAGUGCGAUAUAUAUUUCACUGUGGCUCACAAACAUAUUUGUAUAAAUCAUCCCAAUGAUGGCCGCUGAAUAGGUUGUUUUCACAAAAGCACCUUCGGGAGCAAUAUAAUUUCCAGAAGACUGCGUGCGAGAGGCUCACAGUCUGAACUGGAAAAUAUGAUGGUGGGGGACUGCAAAUAUGAAAUGGCUUUGUGCCGUUUAUUGCUAAGGCAGUUGGCAUGUAUUCAAUGUCGUGUUAUUUAGAGGCGGCAGCUUGUAUCUGUGGAGGAAAGUAUCACUGCAGAAUAAUACUCUGAGAACGGUGCAGGUGUGCA